UGCUCAGCAAGGUGAGGGGGCGGCGGCGGAAGCAGACAGCAGACCAUGACGACGACGCCACCCGGCGCCGGAUCCUGCCCCUCGGCGCCAUCCGCCGGCCACCCUCCGGUCUGCCUCGCCGCAGAAAUGGCGGUGCGGCCGCGCCUGGUGCUGUUCGGCGACUCCAUCACGGAGCAGUCCUUCCGCCCCGGCGGCUGGGGCGCCGCCCUCGCCGACACCUACUCCCGCAAGGCCGAUGUGGUUGUGAGAGGCUACGGAGGGUACAACACAAGAUGGGCUCUUUUCUUGCUGCACCAAAUUUUCCCCAUGGUUGGAACAGCACCUCCUCUCGCAACAACCGUGUUCUUUGGUGCAAAUGAUGCGGCCAUUUUGGGACGCACGAGCGAGCGGCAGCAUGUUCCUGUUGCGGAGUAUAAAGAUAACCUCAAAAGGAUUGUUAAUCAUUUGAAGGAUUGUUCCAAGUCCAUGGUAAUUAUGCUAAUCACACCACCUCCUGUUGAUGAAGAUGGAAGGGAAAGAUUUGCACGAUCACUCUAUGGAGAAGAAGCUAGGAGGCUCCCUGAAAGGACAAAUGAAAUGGCUGGUGUGUAUGCAGAUCAGUGCAUAGAGCUUGCCAAAGAAAUGAAUAUACACUGCAUUGAUAUUUGGUCAAAGAUGCAAGAGACUGCAGGAUGGCAGAAACUUUACUUAAGUGACGGACUGCACCUGACACCAGAAGGAAAUGCUGUUGUCCACAAGCAAGUUGUCCAAACGUUGAGAAAUGUGGGUCUGAAAGCAGAAGAUAUGCCAUAUGACUUCCCUCAUCAUUCCAGAAUCGAUGGCACUUGCCCAGGAAAGGCCUUCCAGUUAAGCGUGGUACAGCUUGAGUCACUUGCCUGUGGUACAUCUGGAGAUCUUAUUUCUCUCUGAAUUAGGCCAGAGAUUCAAAUUAAGACAAAUGUUUUACUGCUUCUGUGAUGAACUUUUGGAUGGAGGAAUUUAGCAUCCGUUUUUACUCGGUCAGAAAUAAAAAUUCUCUUCUUUAAACUGAGAAA